AUGCAGUCUGAUCCAACUCUUCUGGCCUCCUUUCUACUGCUGCUGCCCCUGGUGCUUCCAGGACAGCCUCAGUUGGUGAGAAGUGCAUUAAACUCCAUGGAUGGAAGUGGCACUUUCCAGUGUGUGGUCCACCUGCCCAACAACUCUAUCUUCCUGCAGCAGCUGGAACAGCUACAGACUACACUGCAGGAUCUCAUUGGCAAGUAUGAACAACAGCUGUCUAGGGUCAAGGAGUAUGCACAUACCACUGAGGAUCAAGACAGCCAGACUCUAGAACUGAGUCACAUGUUGGAGUCCAGGAAUCCCGGUGUUACUGUGUCCCAGUUUGACAACCCAGCCUUCAACCUGCUACACCUGGAGCUGGAAGGAGCACAGGAGUUGGUAUCUCAGCUUCAAGCCAAGGCAGGUGUCAGUGGGGCCAUGGAGCUCAUCCGCCAACUCCGGAACCAGGUUACUAAUGCCAGUUUGGCCCUGAAGCUUCUGGCUGACUCUGACUACCGAAGCUUCCAAGAGGAGGUGGACAUCCUUGAGAGCCGACUAAGUGAGUGCGAGAGGGAGAAAGAACAGGAACAGUCUUCCACAUACCCUGGUCCACCCCUGGCUCCUGGUUCCUGCACUCAUGGAGGUCUACAGAAAGUGAGCAGACCCCUUGUGCUGAAGCUCAAUUGGAGGGGUUUACAAUACAAGGCAGGUGCCUGGGGCCGAGACUCAGCACCCAAUCCAUCUUCUUCCCUUUACUGGGUGUCUCCUCUGCGUGCUGAUGGCAGGUACUUUGACUACUACAGGUUGCACAAAUCCUAUGAUGACCUGGUGCUGCUGAAGCACUAUGAGCAGUGGAAGAUGGGCUAUGGUGAUGGCAGUGGUAAUACUGUGUACAAGAACUUCAUGUACUUUAACUAUUAUGGCACAAGAGACAUAGCCAAGGUGGACCUUUCCUCCAACACCCUAGUGCUGCGACGUUCAUUGCCUGGUGCCACCUACAACAACCGCUUCUCGUAUGCUGCUGUGCCUUGGACUACCUUAGAUUUUGCUGGUGAUGAGAAGGGGCUGUGGGUGCUCUAUGCCACAGAGGAGAGCAAGGGUAACUUGGUAAUAAGUCGUCUCAAUGACAGCACCCUAGAAGUUGAGCAAACCUGGUAUACCAGCCAGUAUAAGCCUGCUCUUUCAGGGGCCUUCAUGGCCUGUGGAGUGCUCUACGCUUUGCGCUCACUAAGCACUCGUCAAGAGGAGAUCUUUUAUGCUUAUGACACUACCACUAGUCAGGAACACCACCUCAGCAUCCGGUUGGACAAGAUGUUGGAAACACUACAUGGCAUCAAUUACUGUCCUUGGGAUCACAAGCUCUAUGUUUAUAAUGAUGGAUUCUUAAUAAAUUAUGAUCUCACCUUCCUGACACUACAAGAAAAGCUGCCAAGCUCUCCUAUUAAAAAACCUUCUGGGGCUUCAGCUCUAUCCAAACCCAUCAAGCCCACAAGCCCUCCAGGCCAGGAGACUCCAUGAUUGA